GAGCUCUGUUCUGACUUUCACUUUCAUUUAGUUGCAUAUUGCUUCCUGACAUAUCUGUAACGUGAGAUUCCCUGCUGUUUCCAGAGUGUGAGAAACAACACGUUGGAGCUCCUUGGAACCUCCCCAGAAAAUAAAUAUGUUCAGAACGAAGACUGUAGGAAUUUUCACCAGAGAGGAUGCGGAAGUAUACAAAUGGCUGACAGACUGUCUCUUAGAUUUGUCAUGUGUUAAAAACACAGAGUCCUUUCCCAUCUCCAACAGCAACUGGAGCUUUAAAGAAGACGUCAACAAGUGCACGUUUGCCAUUCUGUACCAUUCACAAACCAGAGGGAGGAUCAAUGUCACUGAUGUAACGGAUUCGCUGUAUGAUAAGGAGCUGGAUUAUUUAUCCAAUACACUUGGGAAAUCAAAUGUUAUCGUCAUUAUUGAUAAUUUGGAUGACAGCAAUGACAACGCGAAGGAAAGAAUACAGUCGGAGCAAAAGAGUAUUAAAGAAAAAGCAGCUGGAUUGUUCCUAUUCAGUAAAAAUGACACAAAUACAUAUUUGAAAAAUCUGCUGGAAAUUGAGCAGCUUAUCAAAAGAAGUUUUCAGAUAACAGAUCCUCCUUAUCGUUUCCAAACUGAAACAGCGACAUUGGGUUGCUGGUUAAAAUCUAUGCCAUUCCUUGGAUUAACUGCACUCGUCCUGUUCUACAUAUUGGGUGUGCUGUAUUACAACAUUAAAUGUAUACCUUGGUAGCAGCUAUUUUAAUGUAUUCAAAUAGCUCAUUGGUUGUGGCUGAUGUAAAAAGCCUAUUUCUGAUCACUAAUAAGAUCAUAUACAUAAAACAUAAUUAUACAUUAGUAUACAUAAAUACAAAGGGCUAAUUAUAUAUUUAUGAUUAGUGA